AUGGCGGCAGCCGCUGAUCGUCUUUCGCAAGUCGCUGCUCAUCUCAAAGCCAACGGCAAAGCACGUCUACUCGAGAAGCACCCCGACGACGUUGUAGUCACUACAGCAUUGCGCACAGCUAUCACCAAGGGCGGCAAAGGUGGUUUCAAGGACACAGCAGGAGCAGAUCUACUAUACGGCGCUUUCAAAAAUUUGAUAGAGCGCUCAGGCAUUGAUCCAAGUCUGGUCGAGGACAUCGCUGUGGGCAACGUGCUCGCUCCAGGGGGCGGUGCGACCGAGUUUAGAGCAGCUGCAUUAGCUGCUGGCUUCUCAGAGGGUACAGCUGUCAAAGCACUGAACAGGCAAUGUAGUUCAGGACUACAAGCAUGCGUCGAUAUUGCCAACGCUAUCAAAGCUGGCAUGAUCGAGGUUGGCAUCGGUGCGGGUGUUGAAUCCAUGAGCACCCAAUACGGCCCACAGGCUGUCACUGAGUUCAGCGAGCUCUUGGAGAAUCACAAGAAGGCUGCUGAGUGUAAGGUUCCCAUGGGUGUACUGAGCGAGCAGAUGGCAAAGGACAGACACAUUAGCCGCGAAGACCAAGACAAGUUUGCAGUAGAUAGCUAUGCAAAGGCCAAAGCUGCCCAGAAGCAAGGCCUGUUCGACGAAGAGAUCGCUCCUUUGACCGUCAAGUGGACCGACCCAAAGACCGACGAGGAGAAGGAGAUCACUGUCUCCAUGGACGACGGUGUGCGUGAAGUGACCACUGAGUCUAUCGCAAAGAUUAGGCCGGCUUUUGCCAAGGAUGGCACGAUCCACGCUGGCAACGCCUCCCAGAUCUCGGAUGGUGCGGCAGCAGUCCUGCUGAUGAAACGCAGUACAGCCGAACGUCUGGGUCAAAAAAUCUUGGGCAAAUACGUUGCAGCGUCAGUCGUCGGCGUGCCUCCGCUCCUCAUGGGCAUUGGUCCCUGGAAAGCGAUCCCUGUCGCACUGGAAAAGGCCGGCAUCACCAAAGACGACGUCGACAUAUACGAGAUCAACGAAGCCUUCGCCUCGCAAUGCCUGUGGUGUGCAAACGAGCUCGCGAUCCCGCAGGAGAAAAUCAACCCUAAAGGCGGCGCCAUUGCAUUCGGUCAUCCUUUAGGCUGUACGGGUGCGAGGCAAGUCAGCACUCUACUGUACGAGCUACGCCGGAGAGGGCAAAAGCUCGGUGUGACCUCCAUGUGCGUUGGCACAGGUAUGGGGAUGGCGGCAGUGUGGGUAAGCGAGUAG